AUGGAGUGCAACGCGCAAGACGACUCGCACAUGAUGGACGAAGGCCCUCACUUUGAUCUCAACGAGGAAGGCGAGAUCGUGCUGGUUCCACCAAAGAAGCGCGAGCGCCCGCGUACCGAGAAGAGACGCCGCAACAAACACCUUGUCGCCCUGAAAGGUGCUGGGAUAUUACCGCGCGACGCCAACCACCAGGAUCUUCAAGAGUGGCAAGCAAGAAUAGGAAAUGACACCACCGCUGCGGUUCACGCCGCCGUCGAAGAGGUCAGGAAGACCCAUGCACGCCAGUACCCGAGCCCCAUGGUGCGUCGCUCCCAGCGCUUGCAGACAGACCACACUGCUGAGGCGCUCGCCGACUCUUUCGACGAUCCGCAAGACCCCAUGUAUGGCUAUCUGCAACAGCGCGCCGAGGCGCUUCAGCGAGAGCGUGACUCGAAGCCGACUUUCGAGUCCAUGGCUGCGAGAGCCCGUGCUGGACCAUCUCGAGAUCAAGUGCGAGCGUAUGAUGAGGGUAAGCAGGAGGAGGCGAAGCUUGCACGGGCGGAGAUGAAGAUGCAGCGCGGGGCGUGUCUUGUCACUUCAGGCGUGUUGGUUGCUCUGGCCAUGGUAGGCGCUGGAGCGCCGGCGGGUUGA